AUGACGACAAACGAUGACGAAGCUGCUCGACAACCUCUCCUCUCCGACACUGAUCACGAUGUCGACCACCAACAACCUCAGCAGGACGAGAGCGACAAUCGCCACCACCGCAAAGGCCGUCACUGGCUAGAAAAGCUGGUCUUCGCGAGUCGUCUGCGAUUUGCCAUCUCCCUCGUUGUAUUCUUCGUGUUUUGGACCCUAGUUGCCUUGUUCGCUUCUGGCGAUCUGCCCUACAAUCGUCAUGGUCACCGAUGGCCGUGGAACAGAGAGUCGGAUUACACGCGGCAAAAACCUGGGUUCUGGAAUGCGAGGGCUGAUCUGUUCGAUUCGCCGUUCUGCCUGCCCGACGCGGAACUGCUUACGACGGCAGACAUAUCUGCCAACCAAGGAUGGAGGAGAAAGCACUGGAAUAUGACCCUUGAGCUGAUAGAUCAGACCAUUGACCAGCUGACCGGUACCAUUGUGCGCAAGUCAUCGGGACAGCGCAGAGACAGGGUGGAGCUGGUCAUGUCGCUGGUGCAGGGAGAGCCGGUCCACAGACAGGUUGCAGAAUCGCCUCGCGCUAGCAGCGAUCUGAAUGGCCGCAGUGAGACGUUCCGAAGCACCGAGCUGUGGAGAGCGUUACAGACGCUCUCGCUCAAAGCUUCCCAUCAAUUGCCCGGGGGCGAAUUGGUCUCGAUCGACGAGCUGAUCAGUGCUCUGAAGCUCAACAAUACCCGUGUCGUGUCCAAGACUGGCGGUCGACUCCGUCCCGCCGUGGAGACGACGCUGUCGGAUGUGCACCACCUGGUCCAAACGCUGCUAGCCAUUCAUCAUGGCGUUGUGCCCCCGCUCGUGCAUGUCGGUCUCGAUUCUCUCAGCGUAGGCAACUACUUUAGCCCGCGCACACUCAACACGGACGGGGUGACGGCUAGCACGCGAUCGCCCUUCACGGUCGUCCGUCAACCCUCCUGGACUAGAUCCGGCCAGCUCAUUGGUGUGGGUUGCCCCGGCAAUAGCCACACAUCUCUCCAAAAGGGUGGGCGCACGCUCGACGUGCUCAACCUCUUGGAGCACAUGGAUGACCGAGAGCUGGCCAUCGCCAUCGAUGUGCAAAGAGGUUUCACUACAAUCGUCCUCAGCGACCUGGGUGCACCUCCAAGAGAAACACGUCCCGGCGAUUGCGAUGAUCGAGAGGUGAGUUUGGUGCGAUGGAUGCGUUCGAGGGCGAACGAUGCGAUCUACGCCCUCGAUUGGCUGCACGAGACCGUGCUCGAGGAGACAUGGGCGGGAACCUAUCGCUAUCAGAAUGUCGACCGCGAUGCGAGCUCCUCCGCCAGCAACAGCUUUGACUGGAUCGAAGUGGAUGUCCAGAUCGACGAAGGUGCACGCUGGAUCACCCGCAUCGAAUACUCUCUUCUUCCCUCUCACAAUGAUACCACCGCCACUCCUGCCUCAGCACCAGUCUCCGUGCUGAAAAAGUACAACGUAGGGGGAACAUCGGACUUCCUCGCUUCGUGGACCUGUCAGUCGUCUCCCGAAGCCCUCGCUCGAUGCUUCCGCCCGCUCGUCGGCGACGACGACAGCCACUGCAGCUGCACUCAUUACCGCUUCGGGGGAAACACGGUCUCUCACUACCGCGUCGGCCUGUGGCCCUCCCUCGCCCGCAAGUCAGACGGCGGCAAGCUGUGGACCAUCCCGCAAGCCGCCAUCCGACGCGAUACGGGCAGCUACAUGGAUCAAGGCGUUGGUGGAUGCCCCGCGCUGUGGAAAUGGGAUCGAAAGCAGAAGGUGCCAGAGAUGCAGAAGUUGGGUUACCAUCUCGAGUUUAUCGAGGACAAGGAGCAGCUCAGGUGGACAGGGCCCGGCUUGGUGUUGGACAGGGUUAAGAAGUGA